AUGCCGCUACCAGGAGACACAACAACUGGCGAUCAGGCUACGGAAUUGGCGGAUCUCACGAAACAAAUCGGUUUGCUAGUCAACACCUUCGCAAAACUCGCUCAAGCAUCGGCAACGCUCCGUUGA